AUGGAGGAAAUACCCACCAUGCAUCCACCCUCUCCGGCCCCACUGAAUCCGGACACAUCUCCAGUGACAACUGCAGUUCUGAGGGAACUACUGGCUGACCUCCAGAAAAAUAUGCUCACUGACAUUAGAGCAGAUUUACAAGGCCUGAAACGCCAGAUUGGGAAUCUUGAGACUGCCUCCAACACCAACGCACAACAGAUAACCACGCUACAGCAGGCAGUACAGAAGCUGCAGCAACAAUCCUAUGAUCAGCGUUUCUCAAUGCUGGACGAUAUCAGGCGCAGAAACCACUUGAAAAUAAGAGGCAUUCCGGUAGCAGAAAUACCCCACCUUCUGCAGUGCCUAAUGCUGGCUCUUCUUCACCCGAAGCAGGCAAAAGCGGUUGGGGCUAAAGGGUCAUUUCAGAGUACCAAAAUCACAAAGAGCCCCUGCUGA